GGGCCUCCCUGGGUCCCUCCUAUCCCUCCCCAGCAGACGCUCGGGCACCAGCCGCGGCAAGGAUGGAGCUGGGCUGCUGGACGCAGUUGGGGCUCACUUUUCUGCAGCUCCUUCUCAUCUCGUCCUUGCCAAGAGUGGAAUUAGUGCUUUGUGGAAUACAGUUUGGAAAAAUCUGAUCUCUUGCCUAUAAGGCAUACAACAUGGAAGAGUAUCUCACCGUCACAGAGGAAAGGAGUACACAGUCAUUAAUGAAGCCUGCCCUGGAGCUGAGUGGAAUAUCAUGUGUCGGGAGUGUUGUGAAUAUGAUCAGAUUGAGUGUGUCUGCCCUGGAAAGAAGGAAGUCGUGGGUUAUACCAUCCCUUGCUGCAGGAAUGAGGAGAAUGAGUGUGAUUCCUGCCUGAUACACCCAGGUUGUACCAUCUUUGAAAAUUGCAAGAGCUGCCGAAAUGGCUCUUGGGGGGGUACCCUGGAUGACUUCUAUGUGAAGGGGUUCUACUGUGCAGAGUGCCGAGCAGGCUGGUACGGAGGAGACUGCAUGCGAUGCGGCCAGGUUCUGCGAGCCCCAAAGGGUCAGAUUUUGUUGGAAAGCUAUCCCCUAAAUGCUCACUGCGAAUGGACCAUUCAUGCUAAACCUGGGUUUAUCAUCCAACUAAGGUUUGUCAUGUUGAGCCUGGAGUUUGACUACAUGUGCCAGUAUGACUAUGUUGAGGUUCGUGAUGGAGACAACCGCGACAGCCAGAUCAUCAAGCGUGUCUGUGGCAAUGAGCGGCCAGCUCCUGUCCAGAGCACGGGAUCCUCACUCCACGUCCUCUUCCAUUCCGAUGGCUCCAAGAAUUUCGAUGGCUUCCAUGCCAUUUUUGAGGAGAUCACAGCAUGCUCCUCAUCCCCUUGUUUCCAUGACGGCACAUGUGUCCUUGACAAGGCUGGAUCUUACAAGUGUGCCUGCUUGGCAGGCUAUACUGGGCAGCACUGUGAAAAUCUUCUGGAGGCUGGGAAGUCCAAGAUCAAGGUGCCAGAAGAUUCGUUGUCUGUACUUGAAGAAAGCAACUGCUCAGAUCCUGGGGUUCCAGUCAAUGGGUACAAGAAAAUAACAGGGGGCCCUGGACUUAUCAAUGGACACUCUGCUAAAAUUGGUACCAUCAUGUCCUUUUUUUGUAACAACUCCUAUGUGCUUAGUGGCAAUGAGAAAAGAACUUGCCAGCAGAAUGGAGAGUGGUCAGGGAAACAGCCCAUCUGCAUAAAAGCCUGCCGAGAACCAAAGAUUUCAGACCUGGUGAGAAGGAGAGUUCUUCCAAUGCAGGUGCAGUCAAGGGAGACACCAUUACACCAGCUAUACUCAGUGGCCUUCAGCAAGCAGAAACUGCAGAGCGCCCCUACCAAGAAGCCAGCCCUUCCCUUUGGCGAUCUGCCCACAGGAUACCAACAUCUGCACACCCAGCUCCAGUAUGAAUGCAUCUCACCCUUCUACCGCCGCCUGGGCAGCAGCCGGAGGACAUGUCUGAGGACUGGGAAGUGGAGUGGGCGGGCACCAUCCUGCAUCCCUAUCUGCGGGAAAAUUGAGAAUGUUACUGCUCUGAAGACCCAAGGUUUGCGCUGGCCGUGGCAGGCGGCCAUCUAUAGGAGGACCAGCGGGGUGCAUGAUGGUGGCCUACACAAGGGAGCAUGGUUCCUGAUCUGCAGCGGUGCCCUGGUGAAUGAGCGCACUGUGGUGGUGGCUGCCCACUGUGUUACUGACCUGGGGAAGGUCACCAUGAUCAAGACAGCAGACCUGAAAGUUGUUUUGGGGAAAUUCUACCGGGAUGAUGACCGGGAUGAGAAGACCAUCCAGAGCCUGCGGAUUUCUGCUAUUAUUCUGCAUCCCAACUAUGAUCCUAUCCUGCUUGACACUGACAUCGCCAUUCUAAAGCUCCUAGACAAAGCCCGCAUCAGCACUGGAGUUCAGCCCAUCUGCCUCGCUGCCAGUCGGGACCUCAGCACUUCCUUCCAGGAGUCCCACAUCACUGUGGCUGGCUGGAAUGUCUUGGCAGACAUGAGGAGCCCUGGCUUCAAGAAUGACACACUGCGCUCCGGGGUGGUCAGCGUGGUGGACUCACUGCUGUGUGAGGAGCAGCAUGAGGACCAUGGCAUCCCAGUGAGUGUCACCGAUAACAUGUUCUGUGCCAGACAGGACCCCGCUGCCCCUUCUGAUAUCUGUACUGCAGAGACAGGAGGCAUUGCGGCUGUGUCCUUUCCAGGACAAGCAUCCCUUGAGCCACGUUGGCAUCUGAUGGGACUAGUCAGCUGGAGCUAUGAUAAAACAUGCAGCCACAUUCUCUCCACUGCCUUCACCAAGGUGCUGCUUUUUAAAGACUGGAUUGAAAGAAAUAUGAAAUGAACCAGGCUCACACCCUCCUUGAGAAGCAUUUCUGUGCAUCCAUCUAUACAUGUGUCAUUGCCUGAAGCAGUGGUGACCUGAAGUGUGAUUUUGCCUGUGAACUUGGCUGUGCCAGGGCUUCUGACUUUAGGGACAAAACUCAGUGAAGGGUGAGUAGACCUCUACUGCUCAUAGGCUGAUGUCUCCUCCACUACUAGGACAGCCAAUUGGAAGAUGCCAGGGCUUGCAAGAACUAAGUUUCUUCAAAGAAGACCAUAUAGAAAACCUCUCUACUCUACUGACCUGGUGGCCUUCCCCACCUUUCAGUGACAUGAAUGCCAUCAACUUGACCAGGGAAGAUCUGGGCUUCAUGAGACCCGUUUAGAGGCUCUCGAGUUCUAGAGAGCUGCCUGUGGGAUAGCCCAGGGCAGCAGAGCCUGGAUGUGGCACCUGCUUUUGUGUAUGUGCAGCAGUACAGUCUGGUCCUUUACCUUCCCCAUCUCUUGUACACAUUUUAAUAAAACAAGGGUUGGCUUCUGACCUACAAAA